AAACACUAGUAGGAAGCUUUCUGAAGGAAAAGCAUCAUGUGUACAAGGAGCAGAGUGGAGAAGAAUGGAGGAUGGAACAAACACUAGUAGGAAGCUUUCUGAAGGAAAAGCAUCAUGUGUACAAGGAACAGAGUGGAGAAGAAUGGAGGAUGGAACAAACACUAGUAGGAAGCUUUCUGAAGGAAAAGCAUCAUGUGUACAAGGAACAGAGUGGAGAAGAAUGGAGGAUGGAACAAACACUAGUAGGAAGCUUUCUGAAGGAAAAGCAUCAUGUGUACAAGGAACAGAGUGGAGAAGAAUGGAGGAUGGAACAAACACUAGUAGGAAGCUUUCUGAAGGAAAAGCAUCAUGUGUACAAGGAACAGAGUGGAGAAGAAUGGAGGAUGGAACAAACACUAGUAGGAAGCUUUCUGAAGGAAAAGCAUCAUGUGUACAAGGAGCAGAGUGGAGAAGAAUGGAGGAUGGAACAAACACUAGUAGGAAGCUUUCUGAAGGAAAAGCAUCAUGUGUACAAGGAGCAGAGUGGAGAAGAAUGGAGGAUGGAACAAACACUAGUAGGAAGCUUUCUGAAGGAAAAGCAUCAUGUGUACAAGGAGCAGAGUGGAGAAGAAUGGAGGAUGGAACAAACACUAGUAGGAAGCUUUCUGAAGGAAAAGCAUCAUGUGUACAAGGAACAGAGUGGAGAAGAAUGGAGGAUGGAACAAACACUAGUAGGAAGCUUUCUGAAGGAAAAGCAUCAUGUGUACAAGGAACAGAGUGGAGAAGAAUGGAGGAUGGAACAAACACUAGUAGGAAGCUUUCUGAAGGAAAAGCAUCAUGUGUACAAGGAGCAGAGUGGAGAAGAAUGGAGGAUGGAACAAACACUAGUAGGAAGCUUUCUGAAGGAAAAGCAUCAUGUGUACAAGGAACAGAGUGGAGAAGAAUGGAGGAUGGAACAAACACUAGUAGGAAGCACAGGGGGGAAAAUGGCAGCUGUACAGAACUCCGAUAACAGAGCUCUCAGACUUCUAAAACACGGUAGAAAGCAGUUCUAAUA